AUGCGUAAGGGCAACCAGCUGAAGCCUCGAAAAAACGAGAAUUCGAAAUAUCGUCGUUCGCGCAAGGUUAUGGAAGUUGAAGAAAAUAACACAAACGAACCAAAAUCUGUUGUUGAAAAUCCCGCUCCACCCCCGAGGAAACGGGGACGUCCUCCGAAAAAGCCACGUCAGCCUGCAGAUUCUGAAGAAGCGCCACCAAACGGUGAUCAUGUGACUUCUGAUGGAACUCCGCACAAGAAACGUGGUCGCAAAUCGAAAGCUGAGCUUGCUGCUUUGGCAAGUAGCAAAGAAUCACCAAAUGAAGAAGAAAGUCAGUCGCUACCAUCGCCUUCGUCGGAAAAGCGUCGCCGUCCAUCAGCCUACUCGUACGCAGAAUACUCGGACGCAUCUGAAGGAAGCGACGACGAAAUGCCUGCAAAACCUCCAUCACCAAAGAAAACAGAUGAGAAUAAGGCACCAUCGGCAAUGCCCAGCGGGAAGCGUCGCGGAAGACCGCCGAAGUCGCACAAGAAAAUUCAGUCCCACACACCUAAAAGAAGAGGAAGGCCGCCAAAGAGCAGCUAUUCUGGUGAGAAAAGCAAGAAGGAUCUGGACAAUGGACACGACGGAGAAGGAACUUCCCCUUUGGGGUCUUCAAAUAAGGAAAAACACAGUGUGAUCACAGAGAAAAAGCGACGUGGUAGGCCAAAGAAAUCGGAAAAACUUGAGUCUGGUGGAAAAUGGAGCGACGUCAGCACUGCACAUGCAGGAAAAUUCACUCUUCCACUUCCUGUGCCUGAUAGUUGGCCGCUUGUGAACAAUAUGGAUGAAAUCAUGACCGAGUUAGUGGAAAUGUAUAACAAUGUCAAGCGCGAAAAGCGUGGAGAGUUUCAUAACCAAAUCAAAGCAUUUGUUUUUGCUCUGCAAUGGGAGGAUGGCAGCUAUUCUUCUUCCUAAUCAGUCACGAGACAAUGUUUCCAGCCUUGAGGCUCGUUGCUGCUCCUCUCUUACUAUGAAAUAGAUCCUCAGUCAUCAUUGGAAGCACUUACUAUUCGUUUGCUUUUAUUCCAACAUUGCCACUGACUAUAUCCAAACAUCUACUGAACUAAUAUGUUGGUGCUUCCUGGCGUACUUCUUUAGAAGAAGAAAAAUUAUGUGUCCAUUAUUGGUUAUUACCUCAUUUGGUCUCAAUAUUACAUUUAUUCCACAUCAUACUUCAUUGUUUAUUGUUAUCGUGAAGUGAUUCAAUAAUGUUAGCGUAUCUUCUCUCUCUUCCCAUUAAUCUCAGCUUCUUUUAAUUAUGUUUUUGCUG